AUGGCUGACACUGGUCCCAUCUACUCCCCUUUGCCUACCCCGGGGAUGCUUCACCAGGGCCCCGAGGAGAAGAUGACGGGCACAUCGACGCCGCAGACAGAUUCUCCUGAACCGUUGCCCGAAUCAGGGCAAGACAGCCGCUCCUCCAACCCCCUGAGACUAGCCAAGAGUCCCCCAGAUGCACAGAACAAACCCAUACAGAUUCCCAAAAUCACGACAGACAUGUCCUCUAUCCACGACCCGGCUGUCCUGGUGCGCGGGCUCGAGGGCAAGUGCGUGGAUGAGUUCGGCAACAUCCUCGACUGGGACGGGACAGUCCUAGGCCGCGUGGAAGGCGACCUGCCGUCCAUGGUUGGGAGAUGUGUGUCCGGCGACGGCAUAGUUCGUGAUAGCAGCGGAGACGUGGCAGGGCAUGUGUCCGAGAACCACAUGGACUCGUCAACGCCAGCAGAGGACCACAUCAACAAGAGACUGAAGAUUGACCACACGGGCAACAUCUACGACCACCAUGGCGCCGUUGUGGGCAGGAUGAAGGACCACUCCAAGGAGAACAAGACGGAAGGCUGUGCGGGAUGCAGAGAGCGAGAGAGAGGCCCGGGCCCAAGCAAUGUUGCUGGCGGACAGCAGCAGUCACAGGAAAGGUCAACAGAAGGAGCGACUGACGAUGUGCCUCGUCGGACGGCGACUCCAAGCCCGUCGGAUAUUUACCUGGACGUCAAGUCUACGCACGAUGGCAUCCAGCUGAUCAUCAAGAUUCCUACGGUCUUCAAUCGCCACCACGAGGGGGAAUGA